CAUUGGAUUCUCUCAACUUUCAUAAUCAGAUCCUCAAAAUCAUUAAUUCAAUCUUUUUUGUUUUUUUUGUUUUUUUUUUUUUCCAACGGAUCAAAAAAAGCUUUUACUCCCGCCCGUGCAGACACUCAAUGAUAAUAAGAGGGAACGAAUCUCCACCUUGGUUGACCACUGAUUGACCGCGAAACACCACCAUUUUGGGCACCCACCUCUGUCCUUUGCUAAAACCGCUACACCACCCCUAUUAAAAUUACAACUACUGGUGUACUAAUUCUCCAAUAAAUACGGUGGAUUAGCUGGCAUGUGGUAUUCGACGGUUUAUGGUCGGGAAGCCAUGAGAGGCAAGAGCGUGAAGCCCCAUUGGACCUUGAAGACCAAGCUAGGGUUACCUUCCGUCUUCCUUCUCUGCGCUUUCUUCUUCCUUGCUGGUUUGUUCGCCUCCACUUUCGUCGUACAGGAUGUGUAUGGUGGUGGUAGAGGGAGAGCGAGAUUGCUGGAGUCGACGAACUACGAGAACGAGUACGAGUUGUUGCCGAACGGAGAGACUGGAGAUGAUUCUAUAACCACUAUUCCCUUUCAGGUUUUGAGCUGGAAUCCUCGGGCGCUAUAUUUUCCUAAUUUUGCAACAGCAGAACAAUGUGAUAGCAUAAUCAGUAUCGCAGAGCCAAGGCUUAGACCGUCCACUUUGGCUCUGCGAAAAGGAGAGACAGUCGAAAAUACUAAAGGAAUUCGGACAAGUUCUGGUGUGUUUAUUAGUGCUUCUGAAGACAAAACUGGGAUUUUGGAUGUGAUUGAGGAAAAGAUUGCAAGAGUGACAAUGCUUCCCAGGAUGCAUGGGGAGGCUUUUAAUGUCUUGCGCUAUGAGGUUGGACAGAGGUAUAAUUCUCAUUAUGACGCCUUCAAUCCUGCUGAAUAUGGUCCACAAAAGAGCCAAAGGGUUGCUUCUUUCUUAUUGUAUCUUUCCGAUGUGCAAGAAGGUGGAGAAACCAUGUUCCCAUUUGAGAAUGGCUUUAACAUGGAUGGGAGCUAUGAUUUCAAAGAAUGCACUGGUUUGAAAGUGAAGCCACGCAAAGGUGAUGGACUUCUGUUUUAUUCAUUGCUGCCAAAUGGUACAAUUGAUGUGACGUCAAUCCAUGGGAGCUGUCCUGUAAUCAAAGGGAAAAAAUGGGUGGCAACAAAGUGGAUCAGAGAUCAAGAACAAGACGAUUAAAGAGUUUAUACAUGAUGAAUAAUUAAUGCCAAUAAAUAUAUAUCUAAAAUAACCAUUUGGCAUCCCAUUUUGUCUCUUGGAGCUAUUUAAUUAUUGUAACAUUGGAUUUUCCAUCUCUAUUCAAUACAAAAAAUAAAAGAUUAAAAAAAAAAAACAAAAAAAAAA